AUCACGUGACGGUAUUGCGCAGCAGGGACGUUCCUCUCUCAGACCCCAAGGCUGAAGGCUGGGGAUGUACUCGAGAAGCAGUCGGUAGCCGCCCACCACCACGGAGCACUACACCGGGGCCAGGCGGCGGCCCCUGCAGCGCUCUCGGGGGCCGGCCUGUCAGCAGCAGCUCCUGUAGGCCGCGGCUGAAGGUGGCGGGGGGCGCAGCAAAUGGUUGGGCCGGAGGAUGCCGGCGGCCGCUGCGGGGAGAACGUGACCGAGGAGGGGGAAGAAGCGGAGGAGGAGGAGAGCGGGCCGUACAUCAGCGCCCCCGGCAUGAGACUGACCAACGGAGACCUGGGCUACCUCCCCCAGACCGGCGGCGGCGGCCGCGAUAGCAAGCUGCCCAACGGCGGAGUGAGCCCGGGAUGCGCCUGUCACCGGCAGUGCUGCUCGGCACCGGCCCCCUCCAGCACCCCGCCUGUCAGCUCGUCCAGCUCCGACUCCUCCCCGCUCAGCGCUCACACCGUGGCCGGUUACUUCGUCUCCGCCGAGGCGGACCGUUUCCGUUUCCUGGAUGUCACUCUGAGCUCGCGGAAUACGUACGAAGUCAGCCGGCGGCAGAGCGCCCCGGACCACCUGGCGGACGGGCUGAGCCUCCCCGAGGGGGAGAGCCCGGAGCCCGGGGAGCAGGAUGGGGACCGACCCUGGAGGACGGGCAUCGCCGACUUCUUCUCCAGGAACUUCUUUUCUAAAAGAUCAAAGGACCUGAAAUCGCCUACAGCGAGCGCUCCCGGCUGGAAGCUGUUUGGUAAAGUUCCUCCUAGAGAGAACGCUCAGAAAGACUGUAAUAUCAUUCAGCAGGAUGACAGCUCUGGCGGUCUCUCUUCAGUCUCCACGCCAAAUCUAUUAAACACAGGGGAAUAUGAAACCCGUACUGGGAGGACAUGCAAAGCCCUAACCCAAUCCACAAGACGCAAAAAAUUUGAAAUUGAACCACUCUCCACUACAGCUCUUAUCUUAGAAGAUCGACCUGCGAAUCUUCCAGCGAAAUCCGUCCAUGAAACCAUGCGCCACAGACAGGAGUAUGAUGAGAUGGUAGCCGAAGCUAAAAAACGAGAGGUUAAAGAGGCACAAAGAAGAAAGAAGCUGAUGAAGGAAAGAUUCAAGCAAGAGGAAAAUAUUGCAAGUGCUAUGGUCGUCUGGAACACUGAAAUCUUGCCAAACUGGGAUGCUAUGAGAAAUACAAGGAAAGUUCGAGACCUUUGGUGGCAAGGCUUACCACCCAGUGUACGUGGCAAGGUGUGGAGCCUAGCUGUAGGGAAUGAACUUAAUAUCACAUCAGAGCUUUAUGACAUCUUCCUCUCUAGAGCUAAGGAGCGCUGGAAAAGCUUCAGUGAGACAACCUCCGAAAAUGAAUCGGAAGAUGCAGGGGUGUCGGUCGCUGACAGAGAAGCCAGUCUAGAGCUAAUUAAACUAGACAUAUCCCGAACAUUCCCUUCACUGUAUAUUUUCCAGAAGGGGGGACCGUAUCAUGACUUGCUGCACAGCGUGCUGGGGGCCUACACGUGUUACAGACCAGAUGUUGGCUAUGUCCAGGGCAUGUCCUUCAUCGCAGCAGUGCUCAUUCUGAACUUGGAAGAAGCUGAUGCAUUCAUAGCCUUUGCAAAUCUUCUCAAUAAGCCAUGCCAGCUGGCCUUCUUCCGGGUAGAUCACAGCAUGAUGCUGAAAUACUUUGCAGCCUUUGAAGUAUUCUUUGAAGAGAAUCUCCCCAAGCUUUUCCAGCACUUCAAUUCCUAUAGUCUUACACCAGACCUCUACCUGAUAGACUGGAUAUUCACUCUGUACAGUAAAUCGCUACCACUUGAUCUUGCCUGUCGAGUGUGGGACGUGUUCUGCAGGGACGGCGAGGAGUUCUUGUUUCGAACUGCGCUGGGAAUCUUGCGACUGUAUGAAGAGAUCCUUUUACAGAUGGACUUUAUUCACAUAGCACAGUUCCUCACAAAACUGCCUGAUGACAUUACAUCCGAGAAGCUCUUCAGCUGCAUUGCAGCUAUUCAGAUGCAAAACAGUAAUAAAAAGUGGACCCAGGUAUUCGCAUCACUAAUGAAGGAUUACAAAGAGGGCGAUAAAAAUAGUCCCGCAUCCAAAACUUAACUAAUGAGAUCUUUCUGACGGCAUGAAAACACUCUAACGAGCAGAGGGACCCACUGUGUGUCCUAGGAUUGAGAACCACUACAGACGAGUAUGAUCUGAGGAUCCCUCCCAGGGGAUUGCACAUUGACUUCAAUAAAAGCAGAGCAGCCCUUCUCUAGUCAGUAUUAAGAAUAAAACACAGAUCUCUGCAUUUGUUUUCUGGAGGACACUAAGAUUUUUUUUAUUUUUUAUUUUGCAACUACAUGGGUAAUAUUUAAUAUACGUACAAAAUAUUUAAUGCAAUAAACCUUUGUAAUGGAACUUUUACUAGGUACACUAAGUUUUCAAGUAUACAUAGAAAAAAAAAAGAUGCACUUUUUGUUCCCCUUUUGGUAACUGUGCAAACGUU